GGGCCUGGCCUCCGGGUUGCGGCGCCCCCUACGGCGGCGUGUGCCUCGGUUUCCCCGCCAGUCGAAAGCCGGCCGUUCGCCGGUGCCACCCCAGAGCCGGUGUACCGGGCGACGGCGAGGCUGGGGACGGGCGUGCGCGCGGCGGCGGACCUCGGGUGCCCUGCGGGGGGCGCGAUUUAAGGGCGAGGUGCGCGCGUCUGCCUGGGUCAGCGGGGUGGCCGCACCGGGCUGCUGACUCAUCAGGUGUCCGUCGGCUUCCGCGCGGGCGGGGUCGCGCGCGGGCCCACGGGGGAGGCGGCGGGGAGACCCUGCUGCGCGGCUGGGGCUCGCCACGCGCGUGCGAGCCCAGCGGAGACGUGCUGAGUCAUCAGCAUGAGGUCACUCGGUGCUCCUGCUGACGCUGGGCCAGGGCGGGGGGCCCGGGCUAGCUCUCCGUCCGUCUAGUCGGGAGGCAGGGCUAGCUAGAUCCCGGCGGUGAAGGUCGGGCCAGGAUCCGGGGUCGUGUUUAAGUUUGACGGACCUGUGAGUUGGAGGCAAAAGCCCCGAAGGAGGCGUUACAGGGGCGCGCCGCAGGUUUCUCCCGGGGUGGAAGGUAAAGCCCCAGGCUUGCGCAUCCUUCCCAGGCUCUUGGGCUCCUGGCCCGGGUCCCACAACUGGGGCAGUUCCCCAAACUGGGAGACCGAUCGGUGUACGCUGAGGGGAGGAGCUUAGGUGGGCCGAGCCAGCUCGUCUGGGAAGCAGGCUUCUCUCUGAGUGACCCUGAAUGGCCAGGCUGCGUCGGACCUGGAUGGAGAAGACCGGGAGGCAGGGGAGAAGGGUGUGUGGCUGGGGCAGCUCCAACCAGCUAAAGCGAGCAAAGGAUGGAUCUAGGCAGCUGGUGGGAGUUUUGAGGUGCAACCAUGGAGUGGAAGAUGUAGUUCUGUUUAUCCCAAUGUUACUCCUUUCCGAAGAGUUUGGGGUCCCACUGUUGCCUGACGUGACCAAAAAGUGUGUUUCCCCGUUGGGUGCCUGGAGACUCUUGGGAAGUGACAGCUUUGUGGGGUGUGGCUGAGUGGCUGUUUACUGACUUAUCUGUUAUGAAGGUUCUAGAACUCUAUUCUGUAUUGCUUUUGUGCUGAGGGAUGUCCCCUCAACACUCAGCGCACUGAGCCCUGAGGCUGCUUGUAGGUGCAGUGGUUUCAUUUGGGAUGGAACUUUAUGCCCUAUGAAACUUCAAGGUCCCAGAAAAGUGUUAAACUCUGGAGGCACUAUGCUUCAGUGAACUGCACGUUCUGAGUUCCUUUCAAAUAAUGUCAGCACCUGAAGGAGGGAAGACCUAAGUUAGAGUCUCCUGCAUUGAGGUUUAUAGGCAAGGUUGAGCAAAGAAGGGUCAGUAUCUUGCUUGAGACUAAUGUCCAGAUUGUCCAGUGUGAGAGGACAGAGGUGCCCAAACCUUCGGUCAGCCUGAAUGGGUGGUCCAGAGUCCCUUGGUGCCUUGAGACUGUCCAUAGCUGUGAGUUGGACAGCUGAGUUGGGGGGCAGCAGGUUGAGAUCAGCUUCUCUGAGCUUCUUCCUCAGGCUCUGGAGAGCUCUCUGAACUGUAUGUUUCCCUCAGCACAGCUGUCCCCUAAAACUGUCUGCCUAGUCACUGUGUAUCCCUAGGUUUGCAGAAGCCAGGCAGGUAGCUAGAGGCAUUGGCUUUCCUGAGACCUGCCCUUCCCCCUUAAGCAUACAUGAGCAUAUUCAUGCUCGUUCCUGUGCACACACACACCUUUGAUCAGGAGGCAAUUGGCUGCACUUGUGCUGAGUUCAGGCCUUUGGUGGAGGGUAAAAUCUGUUGAGGAGGCAUUUUUCAGCUCCCAGCUGCCACACGCUGCACUUUUCUGUGCGAUCUCAGGAAGUCACCGUUUUGAGCUCAGCAGUCUGUAAGGGAAGCUCUUGCUAGGGCUGUCCCUCUCACCUCGACUUAACGCUCCUAUGUGAGUAAAAGGCCAACUUGUAAGAAAAACAGAUGCCCUCAGACCUCUAGAUCUGAGUUCUGCCUUUCUCUUUGACCUAGCAGGACUGUUGCCUCUGAAAAUGCUCGUAAUCUAGUCCUGUAGAAGUGUCUCUGGUUUGCGUGCUCAGUGUUUGCGUGUAGCCACACCUCCUGUUCAAGGCUAAGAGCAGUAGGGUACAGCUGAUGAUGCUCAUGCUUUAGUUCUUUUGAGAAGAUGGACCAACUCCCCACACAGCACUGUUUUUUGCCUCAAGUGCUCAACAGCCUUCAGGCUCCCAAAAGAGACCUGCAACCUCACCUGCAGGUUCUUCCUCAUUUCCCUGCAUCUAACCUGGAAAGGAGGGGAUGUACCCGUGGGACUGGUGGGUGUUGGGCUAAGUGGGGAUUCCCAGCCUAGGUAUACAAAAAUGCCCUUGGCAAGGCUUUAGAAAGCUGAAAAUGAGAUUGAGCCCAGAGGGGUGGCUUACUGUAGGAGGUAGCUGGUUUGCUUUUGUUCCCUGGUCCUGUGGUCACUGACCCUAGGCAGAGAGCCAGAGACCAGUCAGUGACCCAAAGGGGCUGGCUCUUGCCUGCUUCCAGCUAACAGUGCUCUUCCUCUGCUAAUUAUGGGAGCCCUUGUGAAACACCCUGUGUCGGGUGGGGCAAGAGUACAGGAUGCUGCAACCAAGCCACAGAAUGGUUACCCCAUCUGUAAAGGAGAUGGAUGGGGAGGACUGGAGGGGCCUUGGCUCAGCUCCUCCCAGCCGGAUUGCCUGCUACCUGGAAGAGUGCCUGCUCACUGUGUCCCCCGGGUUAUGACGACCCCCAAUAAAGGAAACAAGGCCUUAAAGGUGAGUGGAGAGGCUGGGCUUGGGGUGUGUCGGGCUGGGCAUGCCUACUCUGCUGUGACCUUGUGUGCUGUGGCAUUCCAGGUGAAGAGGGAGCCAGGCGAGAAUGGCACCAGCUUGACCGAUGAGGAGCUGGUAACCAUGUCGGUGCGAGAGUUGAACCAGCACCUUCGAGGCCUAUCCAAGGAAGAGAUUAUCCAGCUGAAACAGCGCCGACGCACACUCAAGAACCGUGGCUACGCAGCCAGCUGUCGAGUGAAGAGGGUGACACAGAAGGAGGAGCUGGAGAAGCAGAAGGCGGAGCUACAGCAGGAGGUGGAGAAGCUGGCCUCUGAAAAUGCCAGUAUGAAGCUGGAGCUUGAUGCCCUGCGCUCCAAGUAUGAGGCCCUGCAGAACUUUGCCAGGACCGUGGCCCGCAGCCCCGUGGCCCCGGCUCGGGGUCCCCUUGCUGCUGGCCUGGGGCCCCUGGUUCCUGGCAAGGUGGCUGCCACCAGCGUCAUCACAAUAGUAAAGUCCAAGACGGAUGCUCGGUCAUAGGGACACGUGCAGUUGCCAGGCAGGUCUUUGAGGGGCCACUAGGUGCGUGGCAAAGUUGGCAGCCCUGUCCUCUUCCUUUCUUUCCCCUUCCUUUCUCCUCUCCCUUCCCUCUUUCCUUCCCUGCAAAGCACAACCUGCACCCAGGGGCACCGGGCUGAGCCCCUUGAUCAUCUUUGUUGUCACGCCUGUGUUUUGUACGUUGGGAUCGGUCAGUUCAACAGUGAUGUUGGGUUGCCCCUAACCCCUUUGUACCAAGGCCAUGCAGGCUAGGAGUCCAGAGUGGGCGCUGUGGGAAUGGACGAGAGUGCACAUGGGCAAGUGUACUGGGCUUGGGUCUGCCCUUGUCUCCCUGGUGGUCUGCAGUGGGACUUGAGUGCUUUCAUUUCAGAUGUCCAGUGGGCCUCUCAUCUUGAUCCAGAAGGAAGAGAUGGGCUCUGCCCUGAAAAGUGGUUGUGUCUUGAAGCCCUUGGAUGGAUAGGCCACCAGCCUGGGCACUGGGGCAGGAACCAUGGUGCUGGAGCCUGGCACAGUGCACCGGAUAAGACCAAAUCGCUGGUUAUGAGUGUGGGUGGAAGGUGUGUCAGUGUGUCCUGCGAUGGGUCCGGUGUCACUGUUUACAUGACCUGUUUGUGUGGUUAUAUAGCCCUUUAUUUAAAAGAGAAGUUCCUUUUACGGAGUUAUUAAAUUAUAUGUUUAAGAGCUAAAAAGAAAAAAAAAGCUACAGAGUAUUUAUAAAAUUGUCUUAAAAAACAAAAACAAAAAACAUUUGACCGUAUAAAUGGAAAAGGGAAGAAAGUAUAGUAGAAACUUUGCUAGUUUAAAAAAAAAAUCCCUUUCUUGUAAACCUGAGGACAGCUCUGUGGCUGUUGGAGUUUAGUUUUUAUACACAGAGUUAUCAGACAUUACUUAUAAACUUAGUUUAAAAAAAGAAAAAGAAAAAAAAAAGCCAAGCUGCGAGCCUCCCAGAGGCUGUCCUCUUUGAUAUCUCUUUUGCAAUUGUACCGAAAGUGACUUAUCCCUCGCCCUUCCUGCUUCCGUCUUGCCGGUGCCGUGGUGUUGUCCGUGCCUGGUGAGGUUUUGUGCAGCCGUAAAGUGCUGGUGCUUCUGGUGACCUUUGACCUGUGGCUGUCCCUGUGUUUUGUGUGUGUGUGUGUCUGUUUUUUUGGAUUUUGUUGUGGUUUUGCUUCUGCUGGCUUGCUGGGCCCAGGUAGAACGUACUCCACUGGACUACAGGAGGCUGCCUGCGUCUCACAUUUUGCUGCACUUGUCCAUUCCUCUGCCACGUGGUCCCUCUGAGCCUUGGCUUGGCAUUGUGGGUAUAGGGCUUGGGUUAAGGCAGUGGCAGAGUAAGUGAAAUCGGGAGCUGUCAGCUCCCAUGCUGCUUCCACAUCCACCACCUCUGGCCCUGGGUGGUGACAUUGCAGGGACCAAGGUGUCACUGUGGGUGCCCACAGGGCUGUGGCCUACCUGUCCUUGGCCGUCUUCCUUCUGGCCUCAGCUUAGUUCCUAUAGGCUUCAUUGGGGCCUCAGCUAGGCCGCCCCAGGGGCCUACCUUGUGGGUUGGGAGUCCUGUCACUCAUGUGUUUCUGAAACCCCGUUCUGUGGGGUGGUGUUUCCCAGGCAGAUUGGUUGGGGGCAACCAUUCUUUCCUGUGUCACUGUGAGAGCCUGGAGGCCUCCACCAUCGCCAGACAAGGGCUUUGGCCCUAGGGCCAGGUCUGUCCUUCCCCAGUGUCUGCUCUUGGCUCUGGGCCCUUAUUCUGCCUCCUUCAGGAUCUGCGUCUUCCAGGGAUCCGCUGUUCGACUUGGAGGUGCUUCUCUGCAGGUUCCAAGCCUGCCUCCUCACCCCAGCUUUCCAGUGGAGGCUGCCCACCUUCCAGGCUUGGCUCAGGAAGCUUCUCAUAAGCGGAUACCCAUCUGCAAGAGGCUACAUCCCUGUGGUCACAGCCUCCUGCUGACAUAGCUGAUGUCUUCUCUAGGGGCCCUGAUCCCUGAAAAGCACAGAAAUGUGGUCUGGUGAAAGGAAAGACUGGCCUGACGGGCCUUUACCUCGUAGGCAGCAGGGUUUUCACUCAGUUUGACGCAGAAUGCAGGGCUUUGGGAGCAGGACCUUUGCCACCCUGGCAUUUCGGUGGGCUGCUUUGGCUCAAGGUGCUCAGACACUCCCAUUGAUGCCUGAGUCGGAUAUGAGUGGAAAUCUGGACUGUUGAUUCUAAGUUACCAGGUGACCUCAUCCCCUCCCUUGGUUCUCUAAUUGGUCUCCAGAUGAGUUAGUUGCUGAUGCCGACUGGCAGCAGAGCUGGUAUGGAUUGUGCCCGUGCCUAGAGGAGGAGAGGGACAGGCUUUCUGAGUUUUUUGGUACUGGCUGGGCAGUUGUGUACUGGCUGAGAAUGGCCCUCUGUGCAUAGGUCCAGCCUGCAGGGAGGAUGGGGAAGAGAAGGCUGGGGCUGGGUGUGUGGUAACAGGAGUAGGUCUUUGCUUCUGAACAGGAUAGAGCCAUUCUCAAGGCUUUCAGGUUUGCAGCAUCUGCUUCUUGAGUCUGGGGAACUUUCCCUGUUGAGCCAGCCCUGCAGCUCCAUUCCCUGUCCCUUCCCCUUGAUUUCCUGACAGUAAAUCCUGUGUCCAGUUGUGACUGUUGCCUGUUUUUCUGAUCAUUGUUAAUUCCGUUUUCCUAAUGUGAGGGUGUUGUGUUUGACUUUCUGACACAGCGAAUGGAGAGCUUGGGCUGAGGCCAGGUCUCCCAAACUUCUCUGCUGAGUAAACCAUAAUGUGUGACUUCCCUCCUACCUUGACUUUGCCUGACUCUUUCCUUGGACAUGGACACUCAGAUUUCAUAGAAAGCCCACAGGAGAUGGUUCAGUUUCCUCUGUAGAGUAUGGUCCCAGAGAGUCCUCCCUUCCAUUGUGUCCAGCUGCUAAUCUGGGUGUGGGACCAUCCAUGCAGGGUGUCCAUGGCAAUACUGAGUUAGUUAUACAGGGAUCACUACCAUCGGCAGGCUUCCCAACAGGCUGUUCUCAGUCCAUCUUUCAGGUCUGUGUGUACUCUGUUAGCAGCAGCCUUGGUGUUCAAGGCCAGGGUUUGCAGUUUUUGUAAGUUACAGCCCACUUGGAGAUGGUGAGGCCAGUUCCCUGCUGCCUCCCUCUCUGGUGUGGCCACUUGGCCACAGCUCCCAUCCACAGCUGGGAUGUCUGAGCCACAGCCUGCUACACUGUUUCCGCUCUGGGAUCUUCUGAGUUACUUUUUUAGGCUGUGGUUUGGUGAAAGGAACCAACACAUUAACGACUCCCCCCCCCCCCCCCCCCCCCCCCCCCCAGAAGCCACUGAAUAAUUCUUGGCAUGUUUUCUCAGUGCCAUUGGCUGCCUGGUUUGGGAGCAGUUGUGGAGAAGAGGACAGAAUCAGUACAACACAGUCAUGGGUAUGCCGAGCUGCUCACAGCUCAGCCUGUUUCUGGCAUGUGUCCUGGGUCUGUGCUAUACCUGCUGGGCCAACUGCACACAUAUGUACCCUGCCCCUGGAGCAACAGCAGUAAUGGCACAGGUGUUUCUGGAAGUGUGAGGUAGAGUGUUUUAGGAAGUGUCCCUGAUAGAUUUCCUUGUUCUCUAUGGCCCCAGUUGGGGUUUUGCCCCCUCCAGCAACUUUAUGCCCCAACUCCACUUUUCCUCCCAUUCUCUGUCUGCUUGUCUCUGAAGCCUUUAACCAAAUGGGAAUGGGUACAGAAAGCCUUCUCCUGGCAACUUAGGGCAACAGGACAAGGGCUAUUGUGUGUCCAGCUCUGUUGGUCUCCUGGUGCUGAGAGGUGUGUCCAAGCAGAGUUGAUCAGCCCCUGCCUGCCCUGCAGGGCUGAAGCCAGGGGGAGGUUAGUAGAGAGUACCCUAAAUGGGGUGAGGGUCCUUAAACAUCCAAGUGAGGAGGGGCUGUAGUGUGGCUGCAAGGUGAGACCCUGUCUCCUGCACCUGGGUAGGGCCAUCGGGGAUCUGGCUGCAAGGUGAGGCCUGGACUUCCGCAUCAGUGGAGAGCAUCAGUCACCUGGCCUCAGCAGGCAACAGCCUUGGUGCCCACCCGUGCCCUGCGCAGUAUUUAUUGCUAAAUUAUUGUCCAGGAGGGGCGGCACUGGGCCUGGCCCCCCGGGUAUUUAUUGCUGUACAUAGUGUAUGUUUGUGAUAUAUAAGGUUUUCUUUAUUUUGUAUAUGAUCAAUAAACGCCUUUUAAAGAGA